UAAAACUCACACAUCUCAAUUACCCACACAACCCCCGAGCACCUGCCUCAUCAACCACUGGCUUCCAACCAUCCCCCACGUCGUAAUGAACUCCCGAAGGAUUCCUUCCCAGCCCAACACCGACCAAUCGUUCCUCAACCCCAACGACUCGUCGUUCCUUGCUCACAACACCACCUCCCGCUCAGUAUCAUCAUCCACAUCGAUGGUCAGUACACCCAGCAAUCAUAUUCGUAAGUUCCACCAGAAUGUUCCCCAAGAUCAGGGCGAUGGCCACAAGCCCGACAAGUUCCGUCUGUCGACCAAUAUCGUUUCCAAGAGUAAGAAUAAUCAUCACCAUCUCAAGCCCAAAAAGCUGUCCAAUGUGGACUUGGUCAAAAAUAAGUUAUUGAACCUCCAUAAGCUGCUGAGGAUAUAUACCAAAAGCAAGAGUAUCUCUGAGGAAGACGCCAUGCGGAGCCAUCCCAACUUCACCACCAAAAGCUUCAUCUUGCGUAAACCACUCCAUAUGAACCUAUAUGACUACUCGGUGUUUCGAAGUUACCCUGACGCCCUGGCUGGUGAUGACAAGCUUCCCCCUGCCGUGAAGGAGUCGCAGAUCAAAGCCUGGGAAUCGGCAGAGAAAAUCACCAACAACUUGAUAUUUGAUAACGACAGCGACUUGUCGGACGACGAAGACAUAAACGAGGGCGAAACCCACCACGACAUCGCGGGCGACAUGGUCCGCCCUCUUGAUAGCAGUAGUGUUCCCGCCGGCGGGGACGACACUAUUAUUAAGUCGAUUCCAGGGUUCUGCAAGGACGAAGUGGAUGUCCUUCAGACCCGAUUCCUCCACCUUCAGACCCUCACUGCCAGCACCACCCCCAGCAUCGCUGCGUACGACGAAGAAGAGCGCAAAGUGUUGUGGAAUCACCGCCAGGAACAGCAGGCUCUUCAAGGUAAGCACUUUGGACAGUAUCUGUCGCUCACCAGUAAGAGAAAGGCUCAAGUCCAGCAGAAGAAGGACAUGCUUAACCGGAUUUUUGGCUACAACAACACCUUGAACCAUGAAUACAUCACCAAUAACACGUCCUAUUCGGCUCUCGACUCGGUGAUGAACACCUCCAAGUCUUACCAAGAAGAUAAGGAAGAGAUGAGCCAGCUUUUGGCAGAAGACAAGGAAUAUCAUGCAUCACUCGAAGAGUCCAAGGCUAACUUAAGGCUUGCCCGCAGCGUACAUCUCUACAAUGGCGACGACAGCUUCCACUUGAGCAUAUUGAACAAGAAGCUCAAUGUGGCUGGAGCUGGGGUGAACGAGUUUGAUCACUACAAAUAUCUCCAGAUGAUCUCAAAUAAGCUCACGGGUGUGUACGGGAAACAUGGCACCAUGAAACACGAUGCUGGAGGAGCCCACGACGACCUCACUGCCUUUGCCAUGUCCUACUUGCGCCGGUGUAUCCGUCAUGAACCGGAUGGGCAUGACCAUAACGAUUUAUAGACUGUAAUAUUAUUUCACAAUCGACUU